AUGGAUUACCUACUAGACAUAUACCACUUUGAAGUCGACCCUACCAACCGCGUCGAUGGCGACACACCGCUCCACCUGGCUGUUCAGUAUGGAAACGAAAAGGAUAUUGAGUUGGCCAUGUCAAUGCUGGAGAUGAUGCUUGAAGCAGGCUGUGAUCCGCGAGUACGGAACAAGAAGGGUCAAAAACCUGCAGAUUGUGUGAUGCCGCAGUAUAGCCAGAUGAGAACUGCGCUGAUGAAGGUGGAGUAUAUGAUGCAAGAAGGACAAGGGGUGGAGGGUCAGGGCCGGGAUGACGACGAUGACGGGCCAAGUGACGGACCCAGUGACGACGAAGAUAAUGGCCAAGAGAAAAAACAAUAA